AUGGAUUGUAGUGGAUAUGCAUUACUGAAUAGAGAUGAUUCGAAUGAUGUUGAAAAGUCUACCGAAAAGACACCUCUGAUUGUCAAGACACUUGCAACACCGAACCAUUCAGGGGAUCAUUCGGAUGAUAAGAGUAAAGAAAUUGGGAAGGCACAUCCAACUAUUGAGAUCUCGGAACAUUUUGAUGUAAAUCUUUCACUUCAAGGACGUACAAAUCAGAGCGACACAUUCUUUGUUGAUCCAGCAAUCAAGAAACAGAUUGACGAAUCCUACGAUACAAUCGAUUGUACUUCGGAAACAUCCAGUAACGCCUCAGAGCUCCUUCCCUCUAAACAACAUUCCAAAGUUUCAACUUUCUUUGAAUUAAUAUUCAAAUCAACUCAAAAAGAAAUGCAUAAUACAUGCAAAAUAAAGGGCGGGCGGGGUGGUCGGUUUCGGUGUGAUUCGGGAGCGUGUGUUUCAACCCCGUCCUCGAAUUCCUUCCCUAGAUCACCUGAAGCAAUUCAAUCCUCAGUGAAUGCUCUUGGAACAGGGGAUAAGAGACACAAUCGAGCUUAG